GCAAACUUCUGACCACUGCAAGAAGCAACUCCAACCAAGAUGGCGUCAAGAAUCAUGCAUGGUCGGCGAGAAGGCCAAACAAGAGAAAUGGGUGGAACAAAUAUAAGUGUCAUUCCUGAAGGAGUUGAUCCGCGAGAGGUAACAGUUCUCCAGCCAGAAGCAUGGAGGCGAAUACAAAAUAGUCUUUCACAUUAUAACGAAGAGCAAAUGCGAUUGCAAGCGAAGAGACAGGAAAGGGAAGAACUCCAUGCUCUGUCGAAGGAGUCGGUAAAACAUUGGGAAAAUACGAUCGAGGGACAAAGACUAAAGAAGCUGCAAGCUCGGAAACUCAGAGAAGAGAAGGAGGAGGAGGAAAGAGUUAAGAUUGACAUAGAAGAAGCUAAACACCAGGCACAGAAAAGAAAGGAGGCCAUUGAGAGAGCGAAGACCCUUCAGUACUACCAGACUGAUAGAGUGAAGACAUUCCAUGGUGCACUGCUGCUAACAGAGGUUCUUAAGGAGAGAGAUGCCCAGAUUGAAAUGAAGAAUGGCAAGCUUGAUGCUGAGAAGAUCAGAGAGGCACAUCUUCUGCGACUACAACAAAGGCAACGUGAAGAGGCUAUCAUGGAGGACCAAAAGAGGGCAUUGAGAAGAUACAAUGAGAGGAAAGCAGUGGCAGAUUUCCAAAACCUCCAAAUUCUUGAUCACAUUGAAGAGUCUAAAAAAGCAAAGCAACUUGACACUGAAGAAGGAGAAAACAUUAAACAACAAGUGGAUAUGUACAUGGCGGCUAAACAAGCCAUUGAGGAACAACGACGGAAGGAUAAAAAGGAGAUCAUGGAAGAACAUCAGAGGCAGUUAGCUGAUAGAGAAGCCAGACAUCAAAUAGAACAGAAGAAAAUUGAAGAGGAAGAGGAAGAAAUUCGACAGUUUGGUCAGGCUAAAAAGAAAAUGGCGAAGAUGCGUAAAGAGAAAGAAACAGAACUGUUUAGAGCGUUCCAAGAUCACACUGAACGAAUGCGAAAGAAGCUCGCUAAUCAGAAACAACAGCAAGUCGAUGAUGAAGAUGACAGAAUAGCAAAGGCUGUAGCAGAAAGGGAAAGCAAACGCGAGGCGGAAGAGAGACAAAAAUACGAGUCCGACAUGAAGACGAAAAAGGAAAUUCAUGAUCACAGGAUCUACAUGAUGAAAGAGAAUGAACGGCAAGCCAUGGAGGAAGCCAAGAAGGAUCGUGAAAUACUUCGAAACAGAGUGGAAUCUGAUAAACUGUAUCACUUGAAACAAGAAGAGAAGCGCGUUGAACAACUUGGCGAAUGCAAGAAGUUGAAAGAGUUCCAAACGCAGCAAAUCGGAGAACUGAAAGACCGAGCGCAACAAGCCAGAGCGGCAGAAUUAGACUUGGAUAACCGCAACGGGGCCCUACUCAAGGAGGAAGAGGUGCAAUUCCAAGAAUACGCCAGCAAGGUCAUUGCUGAGGCCAAGGCGCACGACCGUAAUCCAUACCCACUUAUCAAAGCUGCCCGAGAAGGACCCGGAGGGGGCCGAGGGCCCAAAUUUGAUGGCAAAAAGGGGCUUCGACCAAGUUACCUUGUAUGUGAUGGAACCGGCGUGCAAUUGCCCAAUUACUCCGAUGAGACAGUACAGGGUUCACAUACUAAAAUUUACGGCAAUCCGGGCCACAGCAGAAAGCGACUGGGUUUCACCUGGUGAAUUUUAUCAACAACUCUGAUGAAUUCGAACUUGUAAAUAGACUUUCAUUCAUAAAAAUAGUUUCUUGCAGGUAGUUUUUGUAAAGAACUGCAUUCAACUUCAUCGACGUUGUAAAACCUUGUCUGUUCUACUUGCGCACGUAAAAAGUGAAUUAUAUGAUCACUGAUGUAUUGGUUGUAAAUAAAACGAGUUCAAAAGAAUUGCUCUUCCAUUGGUCGGAUUUUGUUCCAUCACGAAAUGGCCACAUUAAAUGAGUUGACGGUACUUUUCAAGUGGUUGGUUAAACACAGUAGUAGCAGAGGCUUUAAGAGCGAUUCUCGAGGUAACGCAACCUGGAGUAAUUCCACUUUUGGAAAUGCGUGAAACAAACUCCUGACAUAACAACAAGGUGGCUACCAACUUUUCCCUACUUGAGUUCUGGACGUAAAUAAUUAUUGAAUGACUUGAUAACCCAGAUAGCCG